CAUGGUACAAGCUCGCGCAAAGCACACGCCGCAAAUUGGAAUACUUGAACGGGGCGCUACCAAAGGCAGCCCUACGGCACGUCAGCGAGAAAAAAGACCCCGCGCAGCCGUCGCGCGCAUCAGAAGCUCCCAUUGGAGCACAGCUGCACAGGCACGCGGUCUACCGCCCCGACGCCGCGCCGUCCAGAAGAUGGCAGCGGCCGAGAAGAAGGGCGGCUUGAUUUGGAAUUCCACGCUGAAGGGCGGCGCCGCGGCGGCUUGUUCGGCGUUCGCAAUUCGCGCGGCGACGCGCUGCUCCGGCGAGUCCGGGCUGCUCGGCGCGGUGCCAACGAUGAGCCUGGGCGAGGACAACAGCUGGCGGUCGCUGGCUACCGCUGCCGCCGUGGCGUGCGUCUGGGCCUUUUUCUGCGUCGUCGGCGCGCUAUCAGCGCUCGCGGCGGCCCUCAAUACCUUUGGAAGCUCCGCGAGGCGCUCGGGCUGGAACGCACGCCUCGCCGGCGUGCUGCUGGCCUCGACGGCGAGACUCGCCGCGGCCGGACCGGCAAACGCGUCCGUCGCGCCGUUCUCGGACGAUAUUUCUCGGACGAAGCUCACGGGCUACGUCUUCGCGGAGCACGUGCCCACGGAGUUCGAGAACGACAUGCACUACCUCCAGGACGCGGCGGGCGAGGACGUCGAGCCGCUCGUCGAGGAGGGCGGGCACGACGGCCACGACCACGGCCGCCGCCGCCUCGACGACAACAGCGGACACGACCACGGCGGUGGCAGCGACGCGCCCUGGAGUAGCGGUUGGUUCGUGGACUCGGCGUUUCCGAACUCGCUAGCGUGGUCGCCGGCGCCGACGAUGCACCGUGGCCAGCGACGCCUAGGCACCGCGAUGGACGACAGCAGCAUUCGAGACGCCGUGGCGGCGUGGCUCUCGGACGAAACUGCCGCCGAGGCAACGUACGGCCACAUUUCAACGUGGGAGACCGGAGGGGUGACGGACAUGUCGAACUUAUUUUGCGCAGACGAGGACGAAACGGUUUGCAACGAAGCAGCGGCGUCCUUCAACGAGGACAUCGGCGCGUGGGACACUUCGGGCGUCACGACGAUGAAGAUGAUGUUCCAAUCCGCCUACGCCUUCGACCAGGACAUCAGUGGUUGGGCGGUCCACAGCGUCACUGACAUGUUCGAGAUGUUUGGAGACGCCUCGGCCUUCGAUCAGGACAUUGGUGAUUGGGACACCUCCGGCGUCAAGAACAUGGCAGGUAUGUUCGACGGCGCCUCGGCCUUCGACCAGGACAUCGGCGCGUGGGACACCUCCGGCGUCACGUCGAUGUCCGGGAUGUUCACCUCCGCCUCGGCCUUCGACCAGGACAUCGGCGCGUGGGACACCUCCGGCGUCACAAGGAUGGACUUGAUGUUCGGCUACGCGUCGGCCUUUAAUGGGGACAUCGGCGCGUGGGACACCUCGGGCGUCAAGAGCAUGGAGAGGAUGUUCGACUCCGCCUCGUCCUUCGACCAGGACAUUGGCGCGUGGGACACCUCCGGCGUAACAAGCAUGAGCAGGAUGUUCAUCGGCGCCUCGGCCUUUAAUCAAGACAUCGGUGAUUGGGUGGUCCACGAGGUAAGUGGAUAUAAUAUGGGGCAGAUGUUCUUCUACGCCUCGGCCUUCGACCAGGACCUCGGCUGGUGCCUGGACGACGACGUGAACCUAUUCAUGACGUUCGACUACACCCCGUGCGAGUCGACGUCGUGCGGCGUCGUGCAAGUUGAGAACUCUGGCGAUUGCACGAGCACAGGAAACGUCAUGGCCAAUGGGAAGAUCAGAAUUGCAGUUGCAAGGUGGCUCUCGGACAGCGCCGCCGCCGAGGCGACGUACGGCCACAUCUCGACGUGGGAGACUGGGGCGGUGACGGACAUGGAGGAGUUGUUCCUGUUCCGCGACUCGUCCUUCAACGAGGACAUCGGCGCGUGGGACACCUCCGGCGUCACGACGAUGCGCUGGAUGUUUGUCGGGGCCUCGGCCUUCGACCAGGACCUCGGCUGGUGCCUGGACGACGACGUGGACCUGAACUGGGCGUUCUACGACACCCCGUGCGCGUCGACGUUUUGUGGCGUCUCGUGGGGCGGCUGCGACAUCCCAAGCAAUGGUAAUGUCAUGGCCAACGGAAAGAUCAGAAUUGCAGUUGCAGCAUGGCUCUCGGACGCGACGGCCGCCGAGGACACGUACGGCCACAUCUCGACGUUUGACACAUCGGGGGUGACGGACAUGUCGUACUUAUUUUGCGCAGACGAGGACGAUUGCAACGAAGCAGCGGCGUCCUUCAACGAGGACAUUGGCGCGUGGGACACCUCCGGCGUCACGACGAUGGAGGGCAUGUUCCACGACGCCUCGGCCUUUAACCAGGACAUCGGCGCGUGGGACACCUCGGGCGUCAAGAGCAUGGAGAGGAUGUUCGACUCCGCCUCGUCCUUCGACCAGGACAUUGGCGCGUGGGACACCUCCGGCGUAACAAGCAUGAGCAGGAUGUUCAUCGGCGCCUCGGCCUUUAAUCAAGACAUCGGUGAUUGGGUGGUCCACGGCGUAAGGGGAUAUAAUAUGGGGCAGAUGUUCUUCUACGCCUCGGCCUUCGACCAGGACCUCGGCUGGUGCCUGGACGACGACGUGAACCUAUUCAUGACGUUCGACUACACCCCGUGCGAGUCGACGUCGUGCGGCGUCGUGCAAGUUGAAAAUGUCGCAGACUGCCCGACGCCGAAUCCGACGCCGCGCCCCACAUUUCGGCCGACGCCGAAGCCUACUCAGCGCCCGACGCCGAAGCCGACGUCGAAGCCGACGCCGAAGCCGACCGCGCGCCCGACGUUUCCAAGUCCAACUCCACGGCCAACAGCGCCUCCGACGCCAGCGCCCAGCAAGCGGCCGACGCCCAGGCCGACGCCUCAACCCUCACGGCGGCCGACGCCGCGCCCGACGCCGCAGCCGACGGUCCCUCAGCCGACGCAACGGCCCUCAUGGCGCCCGACGCCGGUGCCUGUGCGGAAAUCGUAGUUUGUUAUUGGCACGCCAACUCACCGCUUGAUUCCUACACAGAUCGCGUCCGACCGCGCGCCCGACGCCGCGGCCUAGCGCGAGACCGACGCUGCGCCCCACGCCAGCGCCGAGCCCCCGACCGACGCCGCGGCCUAGCGCGAGACCGACGCAGAGACCCACUCCUCGGCCGACGCCUAUUCCCUCGCCACUACCGACAUCGCGCCCGACGUUGCGUCCCACGCCCGGACCGACGCCGCUGCCGGGAAAUCCUACUCAACGGCCUACCCCACAACCGACUCCCAGGCCUACGCCGCGCCCGACUCAGCGGCCGACGCAGCGCCCGACUCCCAGGCCCUCGCAGCCACCGAGUCCUAGGCCGUCGCCCGCGCCGACGCCGGCCCCCACGCCGGCGCCGUCGCCGGCCCAGACGGUGGUCGAGGUCGCCUCGUCGGUCAGUCUCGAAGGCGUGGUGGCCGACGAAUUUAACGCGGACGAGGACAUGAAGGAUGCGUUUGCGCAGUCUAUCAUCGACAGUUCGGACGGCGUGUUCAACGAAGUGGUUGAUGUGGAGGCCGUCGUCCGCCGGCGGCGCCUGCAGGCGGAGUAUCCGCCUUCUCCGGCGCUGACGCGGGAGGCAGAUCGUACGCGGCGCUUGCAGACGGAAUAUCCGCCGAGCCCGGCGCCGACGCGGGAGGCAGAUCGUACUCUGGCGCCGACGCGGGCGGCCGCGGGCCUCGCGGACGUCUCUUACACGGGCGUCGCGCGCGUCGACGGCAUCGAGGACGCCGAGGCCGUAUCGACGGAUUUAUUGGAGAAGGCCGCGGCCGCCCUGACGACCGCGGUCGACGACGGGAGCUUUCUGACCAAGCUUCGGACCAACGCCGCGGAACGCUCGCCCGAAGCCGCCGCCGCGUUCAACGCCAUCACCGUCGACGAGACGGCGACGCGAGCUCACAUCGGGCGAGCAAGGCACGUGUUUGUCGUCACGACACCGGAGCCGACAGCGGCGCCGACGCCAAGGCCAUUGUCUCCUCCGACGCCAAAACCGACCCCAGCACCGACGCCGCGGCCGUCCCUCACGAUGUCGCCCGUAUCUUUGGUCUCAGGCGGCGGCUCUGGCUCCGGAUCUGGCGCAGCGGGCCCGGACGCGGCGACGGCGGGCGGCGCGGCCGCCGGCGCGCUCGUGCUGCUCCUGGCCGCCGCCGGAGCCUUCUUCUUCUACCGUCGAAACACUGCUGCUAAGAAGUCGCAGGACGUUGAGGCCAACGCGAACGGGGUAUGCGACGAGGCCGGCGGAUUGGAGGCGCCGCCUCAGACCGCCGUCAUCACCUCCAAGGCUCGACGAGCCGCCGCCGCCGCCCGCGCCGGGGCUGCUUGCCCGGGCCCUGAGUCGCCGCGGGAGCGACGCUGCCGCGGCCGCGCCGCCGCCCGCGCCGGCGGCCGCGCCCACCACUACCGUUCGCGGCAAGAAGCGCGGACCGGUUAAGGGGGCGACAGCAAAGGCGGACAGCAAGAUCCGCAUGGUCUUCGCGCCGAUGCGGACGUGGUACGGAGCACCGGCGCGGCGCGCGCUGCGGGAAAAGUAUGGACAGUUCCCGCCGACUCCGGAGGCGCUCGCGAAUUGGAAGUCGUUCGGCGCUGUGACGACGGCGUUCCUCGACGAUCAGGGCGUCGCGUCGACAGGCGCGCCCGCAGCGUCGGCCGCGGAGCCCCCGGCCGCGGCGCCGCCGGCCGCCGCGCCCGUGACGGCGCCCUCGGCGCCUCCUGCGCCGGAGGCGCGCGGCUGGUUCGGCUGGGGCGCGGGCGGCGACCCCGCUUCUCCGUCGCAGCCGCUCGAAGGUGUCCUCGUCACGCCGCCGACGGCAGUCCCCGGCACGGCAUCGGUCGUCGCGUCGUCGAUGUCGCGCGCGGCCGCACCGCCCCGAAACUUCUGCCCAUCUUGCGGCAACCGGCUCGCGGACGGCGCGAACUUCUGCAUGGCGUGCGGCCGUUCUGUUUCUUCCUGAUAUCACCUCCCCCCCCUUUUUUGACUAUGUACAAAAGUAAUCGCGUGUGCCUACUCCGCCGCCGCCGCCAGCGCGCGCCGCUGCGCGGCGAAGAUCUCGCCGAUGAUCGCGUCGAGGCCGUCGCCGUGCUUCACGGCGGCGAAGACGGUCGGCCCGGCGCCGCGCAUCUUGAGCGCGUCGCGGCGCAUCACGUCCAGGUCCGCGCCGACGGCCGGCGCGAGGUCGACCUUGUUGACGACGAGGGAAGCCUCUUCGCGGCGAGUGCGGGGCCCUCGGGGCUGCCCCCCUUUCUGCGGCGGGGGCGCCUCGCGUUCGCCGUUUGCGCGGCGGUCGCUCUCCUGAACGCGCGGCUCGCCUCCACUCUGCCGCCGUGGCCCGCGGCGCGGGGGCGGGCCUGGCGGCGGCCGCGGUAAUGUUUUGUCUUUUGUGGAUCUUUUUUUGGAGUUGUCUCUCCCGCCGAGUCCCGCGAGCCGGGAAAAACAGCGAGUUAUUUCGUUGCGGCCGGGCGUAGGCGUCCGCUGAGCCUUCGCGGACCCGUGUUCGUCGCGUUCCCGACGUCACGAUGAUCAGGAUCAGCGCCGUGCGCUGAUACAAGUCUCGCGCAAAUUCACGCCGCAAAUUGGAAUACGUGAACGGGGCGCUACCAAAAGGCAGCCCUACAGCACCUCAGCGAGAAAAAAGGCCCCGCGCAGCCGUCGCGCGCAUCAGAAGCUCCAUUGGAGCACAGCACAGCGGGCACAGGCACGCUGUCUACCGCCCCGACGCCGCGCCGGGCCAAACGAUGGCGGCGCCCGGGAAGGAGGGCGGCCUCUGCAGUCAGAUUUGGAAUUCCACGCUGAAGGGCGGCGCCGCGGCGGCGUUUUGGGCGUUCGCGGCGCGCGCGACGGCGACGCGCUGCUUUGACGAGUGGUCCGGGCUGCUGCUCGGCGCGGCGCCUGCGAUGAGCCUGGGCGAGGACAACAGCUGGCGGUCGCUGGGCGCCGCUGCCGCCUCGGCGUGCGUCUGGGCCUUUUUCUGCGUCGUCGGCGCGCUGUCAGCGCUCGCUGCGGCCCUCAAUACCUUUGGAAGCUCCGCGAGGCGCUCGGGCUGGAACGCACGCCUCGUCGGCGUGCUGCUGGCCUCGACGGCGAGACUCGCCGCGGCCGGACCGGCAAACGCGUCCGUCGCGCCGUUCUCGGACGACAUUAAAUUUUCUCGGACGCGGCGCAAGCUCAGGGGCUACGUCUUCGCGGAGCACGUGCCCACGGAGUUCGAGAACGACAUGCACUACCUCCAGGACGCGGCGGGCGAGGACGUCGAGCCGCUCGUCGAGGAGGGCGGCGGCGGGCACGACGGCCACGACCACGGCCGCCGCCGCCUCGACGACGGACACGACCACGGCGCGUCGGGCUACGUCAUGGACGACGUCUUGAUUAGACCUACUAUUAUUGCGUGGUUUGACGACCGCGCCGUCGUCGAGGCGGACUACGGCCACAUUUCGACUUGGGACACAUCGGGGGUGACGGACAUGUCGUACUUAUUUUGCGCAGACAUGGACGAAACGUUUUGCAACGAAGCAGCGGCGUCCUUCAACGAGGACAUUGGCGCGUGGGACACCUCCGGCGUCACAAGGAUGGACUACAUGUUCUACGACGCCUCGUCGUUCAAUCAGAACAUUGGCGGCUGGAGCGUAGGAAACGUCAGGGAUAUGGUCUACAUGUUCGAAAGCGCCUCGGCGUUCGACCAACCGCUGAACGACUGGCGGGUUGACAAGGUCACGGAUAUGAGCGGGAUGUUCGCCGGCGCCUCGGCCUUCGACCAGGACAUCAGUGGCUGGGCGGUCCACAGCGUCACGGACAUGAGCGAGAUGUUCCGCGACGCCUCGGCCUUCAACCAGGACAUUGGCGCGUGGGACACCUCUGGCGCAGCGAUGAGCGGGAUGUUCCAAGGCGCCUCGGCCUUUAACCAGGACAUCGGUAAUUGGGACACCUCGGGCGUCAAGAGCAUGGCGGAGAUGUUCGACGAAGCCUCGUCCUUCGACCAGGACAUCGGCGCGUGGGACACCUCCGGCGUCACAAGGAUGGACUACAUGUUCCGCGACGCCUCGGCCUUCGACCAGGACAUCGGCGCGUGGGACACCUCCGGCGUCACAAGGAUGGACUACAUGUUCCGCGACGCCUCGGCCUUCGACCAGGACAUCGGCGCGUGGGACACCUCCGGCGUCAGAAGCAUGGAAUGGAUGUUCGGCUACGCGUCGGCCUUUAAUCAAGACAUCGGCGCGUGGGACACCUCUGGCGUCACGACGAUGGAGGGCAUGUUCCACGACGCCUCGGCCUUUAACCAGGACAUCGGCGCGUGGGACACCUCGGGCGUCAAGAGCAUGGAGAGUAUGUUCGAGGAAGCCUCGUCCUUUAACCAGGACAUCGGCGCGUGGGACACCUCGGGCGUCAAGAGCAUGGAGAAUAUGUUCAGCGGCGCCUCGUCAUUUAAUCAGGACAUAGGCAGCUGGAGCGUCGAGCAGGUCCUAGAUAUGUUCGAAAUGUUCAAAUAUGCCUCGGCCUUCGACCAGAACCUCGGCUGGUGCGUGGACGACGAUGUGGACCUGGACGACGCGUUCGAGGAGGCCAAGUGCGAGUCGACGUCGUGCGGCGUCGUGCAAGUUGCAAAUGUCGCCGACUGUCCGACGCCAAAGCCGACGCCGCGCCCCACAUUUCGGCCGACGCCGAAGCCUACUCAGCGCCCGACGCCGAAGCCGACGUCGAUGCCUACGCCGCGGCCGACCGCGCGCCCGACGUUUCCAAGUCCAACUCCACGGCCAACAGCGCCUCCGACGCCAGCGCCCAGCAACCGGCCGACGCCCAGGCCGACGCCUCAACCCUCACGGCGGCCGACGCCGCGCCCGACGCCGCUGCCGGUUCCGCAACCAACGCCGCGCCCGACAACACCUCAGCCAUCUCCGCGGCCGACGUUCCCUCAGCCGUCGCCACGCCCGACCAUCAGACCGACUCCAAGGCCGACGCCCAUUCCGACGCCCAUUCCGACGAAAGCGCCCGUUUUCGCGCCGACGCCCAGGCCGACCCCAAAUCCGACGCCCAGGCCGACGCCGCGCCCGACCCCUCAACCGACGCCCGCUCCGUCACCGGUGCCCGGAAGUCCGACGCAGCUGCCGACGCCCAGACCAACGCCAAGGCCUUCUCCAGCGCCUACCACGGCGCCGACGACGUCGGCCCCGACGCCGACCCAGACGGCCGUCCAGAUUACUUCGUCGGUGACGCUCGAGGGCAUCGUCACCGUCAUUUUCAAUGCCGACAAGGACGGCAUGCAAGCUUCGUUUGCGCAGUCGAUCAUAGACAGUACCGGCGGUCUUUUUGAAGAGAUCAUCGACAUCGAGGCCGCCGAGCGGCAGCGGCGGCGCUUACGAACGACGUAUUCGCCGACCUUGGCGCCGACCUUGGCGCCGACGCGGGGGAUGCCGACGCCGGGCGUGGAUAGCGGCGAUGGCGUCGAAAUCGAAAUCUCGUACACGGGCGUCGCGCGCGUCGACGGCACGGAUAACGGCGAACAAGUCUCGGCGGAAUUGCUGGAACAGUCCAUGGACGCUAUGACGUUGGCGGUCUACGACGGCAGUUUCCUGGCCACGCUGCAGGCCUCGGAUCCCUCGUUCGCCGCCGUGACCAUGGACGUCGAAGCGACGCAAGCGGCGAUCGAGGCGGCGAGUUAUACGUUCGUCGUCACGACGCCGAGGCCCAUCGGGGCUCCCACUUCGAGGCCGACCCCAAGACCUACGCCCGACGGCGCGAUCGGCAGCGCCGAAAGCUCCUCCGAGUCGACGAGCUCCGGGGGCUCCGGUGGGGGUAGCGACGGCGGCGUGAUAGUUGCUGGUGGCGGAGCUGCCGCGGGUGCCAUCCUGUUGCUGGCUGCCGCCGCCUUCUUCUUCUACCGCCGCGGCAAAGGUUCGGCGGCGAAUAAGAAACCAAUGGCUCUCAGCGGCGAUGUGGAGCUCGGCGACAUCGAGCUCGAGGAAGGCAACGACCGCUCCACGAUGCUCGUGCGGCACAAGGAGACGACGGCUGUCGUCGAGAGAGGCAUGACGGUGACCUCGGCCCUGCUCUCCGCUGCGAGCGGCUUGCCGCUCAUCGGACCGCUGUGCCGGGUCGCCAAGGGGAUUCUCGGCGACGUCGAGGAGUUCAGCGAAAAGGCCGACGACGUCCUCGUUGCGGCACGGCGCGUCAUCGACGUCCUGGACGUGGUUGAUCUCAUGUCGAAGAACGUCUCGAAGUGCUCAGACGGCAAAGAUAUUGCCCAAGCGAACAUGCAGCGGCUCAUCGACUUAAUGAAGGAAUUCCACGUGGCCGUGCGCGCGUUCGGGCAGAAGGGCUGGCUCAAGCGCGCGUUCACGAUGCAGAGCCACGUCAAGAAGCUGGGUCGCAUCGACACGCGCAUCGUCGAGCAGCUGGGCGUCCUCCGGCUGAGCUACCGGUUGGCCAUGGACUUUCAGCUCAUGGAGCGAACGUACCAGAUCGAGCAGUCCAUCGCGGCGCUCGUCGCGAAGCGCGUCGUCGAGAAAGGGGAAUCCGAGGAGGAGGCGGCGGCGGCGCUCUCGGAGGACGCCGUCGCGAUCACGUCGGUCGCGGUCGACGCGCGCGUGCCGCCGACGGAGAUCGCGGUCGAGAUGCGCGAGUUCAAGCUCGAAGUGAAGGAGGGCCUGAGCAAGUUGGACAAGAAGAUGAACAAAAUGCUGGAUGCAGUGCAUAAUCAAAUUGUCGCGGCGCGUCUCGAAGGCCAUCGCGUGGCGGCGUGGUCUCUCACCGCUCGAUUCAGCCAGCACGGCCGCGUUCUCGCCGAUAAAGGACUCCGUGAAGAAUUAUCGGGUGCACCCGACUCACUGGUUGAUUUGCGCGCAGGCUGGAUGGUAGAACUAUGGACAAGCAGCAGCUCAAGUCGAUCCUUGUCGCCGUCAAAGCCGGCGUGGGACGCGACGAGAAGCUCAUGGCGGCCGUCCAGGCGGGCGCGGCGCGCGACAAGCGGAUCCUGGCGGCCAUCGCGGCUGGCAACGACCGCAACGCGUCUAUCCGACGAAACGUCCACGAGCUCGGCGGGGCGCUGCGGAAGACGAAGUCGCGGGAACUGGUCAAGCGCAUGAAAGAGGCGGCCUUGGGGCAGUCCGAGCUCGAGCUCGAGGACGUGGAGGAACUGCCUUUCGCGGAGGGUGGCCAGGGGGCGGUCUUUCGCGGCUACCUGGGCGGAGAGAUUGUUUGCCUGAAGAAAAUCAGCAUGGUCGGGGUCCCGGCCGUCAAGCGCACGAAGAUGCUCUCGUCGUUCAAAACCGAGCUAGGGAUCAUGAUCCGCCUGCGGCAUCCGCGCACGGUCCAGGUCCUCGGCGUCGUCACCACCAACCCUACCUUCCUCGGCCUCGUGAUGGAGUAUCUGCCCGGCGGAUCGCUGCGGCACGCGCUCGACCGCGACGACGAGGUGAUCACGCCGGAGUACCAGCGCUUCUGGACGGCGGACGUGGCGCUGGGCAUGGCGCACCUCUAUAGCUGCAAGAUCGAGCAUCGCGACUUGAAGACCCACAACGUGCUGCUCUGUGUGGAAAUCAACCAGUGUGUCGCGUGCACCCGAUAAUUCUUCACUAAGUCAUUUCUCGGUGAUGACGCGGCCGUGCUGGCUCCGUCGAGCGGCGAGGAAUCGGCCGUGCUGGCAGCGCCGUAAAAUUUUGAUUUCCACACAGGUGCUGCUCACGCACGACGGGCGGUGCAAGGUGACCGACUUUGGGCUCUCUCGCUGCGAGGAGCUGAAGACGUUCACGACGACCGCGACGAUGAGAGACAGCGUCGCGGGGACGCCCGCGUUCAUGGCGCCGGAAUUAUUCGACGACAACACCUUCACGGAGAAGAGUGACGUCUACAGCUAUGCGGUCGUCCUGUGGGAGAUUUACGACCGUGGGAUCCCCUGGGCGGGACUCAAGCCGCAACAAAUUCUCUACAAGCUCAUCAAGGAACAGAGGCUGGACGUACCAAAGUCCAUGCCCCGCGACCUCAGCUCUCUCAUGGAACGCGCGUGGGCCCAGGACCCGGACGCUCGCCCGAGCUUCGCCGACAUUUGCAAGGAACUCCAGGCGACGACGCCGCGUCGCCCUUCUUCGAUCAGCCGCCCCUGGAGCGCCAGCUCGCCCACGGCCGGCGACGCGCCUCCGCCCGCCAGCGUCGCUAGCGGUCAAGGGUCCUCACAGUCUCUGGCCAGCUCCGUCAUGAACAUGUUCCGGGCGGCGCAGUCGGAUGAGGCCGCGGCAAAGUCGCCCGCCGACGCGCGGCCUGCCCAGGCGGGCGCCUCGAGCGCGUCGCCGGCGGUCAAGGGAGGCGCCGAAGCGGCGAAGAACAACAGGAUCAACACGGUCUUCGAGCCGAUGCGGACGUGGUACGGCGCACCGGCGCGCGCGGCGCUGAAAAAGACGCACGGCGCGUACCCGGCGACACCGGAGGCGCUCGCGAAUUGGAAGUCCUUCGGGCCCGUGACGACGGCCUUCCUCGACGACCAGGGCGUGGCACCGGGGCCGACUGCAACCAAGGCGAGGACGCGGAAGUGGUAUGGAUAG